CCCCUUUUAAUAUGCAUCAAAUAUAUGAUAAUGUAACUCUAUAUAUUGCAUAAGACUUCUAGGCAACUAGAUGCAUCUUUUUUCAAUUGAUGAACGGGAAGAACAUAUAGUUAUCCUCCCAUAGACCCAUUUAGAUUAUUUGUUAAUUAGUUAUGUAAAGUAUGAAAUUGAUUAAUACUACUUUAAAAUAAAAUACACACAUUUUAUUAAAUGAUAGGAAUAUUCUGAAGAUAUGUAGAAUAUUAUAGAAAAAAAUAUUGUACCUAUUAAACUAAAACAUGCCUUUGCUAUAUCACGGCAGAUUAAACUACUAUUAACGAAAUUAUUUGAAAGUUAUCUUUUAAAGAUUGAACUCAAUGGAGUAGUUGAAAGCUUUUGUAAAACGUAAACCUAAUCCUAAAUAAGAUAUAACCUACUUUGUAGUCGAAGAAUCUAGUGAGCUUCCCCAGUUUGUUAUCCAAAAUUCUAUUAAAAACACAUCAUGUGUACUGUGAAUACAGCCAAACUCAUGCUUUCUGCAUUAUUAAUCAUUGGUCAUAAAUCGUAAUUCAGGUAUAUCAUCCGACGAUAUUCUUUUUGUUUUACUUAAUAUUUAUGUGUUUAAUUAACAAAUAUGUAAUAAUGUAUUAAUGUAUUAAACUAAGCAAUAAGAUAACCGGAAAUGCAUUAAGUCAUAAACGAGAAACGACGAAAAAAAAUGUUUUGAAGACCAAGUAGUAUAGAGCCCACCAUUUAGCUGUCGAUAUCUAAGGAUAUCCCCGGACUUGGUUAUUUAUAAAUUAAUUUAGAGAGAUGAUUGUAAUUUGUGACAUAAGUGUUGACAUUUUAUCCACUAUCUAUCAUGUUCUAUAUAAACAUCCGAAUUCAUCUCCCCAAUUCCCUCACUUCUCACAAGACUUCCAACAAACAAAACUAACUAAUCUUCUUGAUUAAGAUUAAUCUCAUUUAAGACGUUUAAGUUAAUAACAAAAAUAAAAUGGAAGCUAUGGGAGAAUGGAGCAACAACCUCGGAGGAAUGUACACCUAUGCAACCGAAGAAACCGAUUUCAUGAACCAGCUCCUUGCUUCCUACGAUCAUCCUGGCACUGGCUCAUCCUCAGGCACAGCCGGCGGAGACCAACAGGGCUUAUAUUGGAGCCUUGGUUCCAAUCACAAUCACCUUACCGUCAUGCCUGAAGCCAGUAGCUUCGGUUUCUCUGGGGAGAGCAGCAGCUACAGCGUUGGGAACAGAGGAUACUACGCAGUAGUACCACCCGCGGUUGAAGAAAAUAACCAUGGGUCAAUGGGCUUUAGGAUGGAAGAUGUGACCAUCAACACCAACUCAUAUCUUGUUGGUGAGGAGACAAGUGAGUGUGACGUUGAGAAAUACUCAUCUGGAAAGACUCUUUUACCAUUGGAAACUGUCGUGGAGAAUCACGAUGACGGGGAGAGUAUGUUGCAAUCCGAGACUACUACUGACCAUCAUAGAUCUCUCACCGGUUCUAAGAAGAGAUCACGUGCGACAUCUACUGAUAAAAACAAGAGAUCAAAAGUGGGUAAGAGGGGCCAAAAAGGCAUAGAGAUGACUUGUGAUAACAACAAUAGAGGAGAAGAGGAAGAAGGAGAGAAGGUGAAAAGAAGAAAGAGUGGGGCUAUGAUGAGUAGACAGAACUCGAGCACCACAUUCUGUUCCGAGGAAGAAUCACAGUGCCCUUCUCAGGACGUAGGAGGAGAAGAGGACGAAGAUGCCUCCAAGGCCCUCAACCUCAACGGCAAGACCAGGGCCAGUCGUGGUGCUGCCACCGACCCUCAAAGCCUCUACGCAAGGGUAAAUAUUUUUUAUUUUGAUAAAAGUCAAAAGGUUUAGGGUUUUUAAUUAUAUUUUCUUUUUAUUUGGGGGAAUACAAAAACGUGACUAAACCAUAAUCUUUCUUUGGUCGUGCAGAAAAGAAGAGAAAGGAUUAACGAGAGACUAAGGAUUUUGCAAAACCUCGUCCCUAAUGGAACAAAGGUAAAAAGAAAUCAUGCAAACGAUUAACACAUGCAGAUGAUAUAUAUGAAUCUUUGCAUGCCUCUGUUUCAGAACAAACGUCAAUAAAACUCUAAGCAUCUAUAAUUUCUUAAAUAUGUAUCAGGUUGAUAUCAGUACAAUGCUUGAAGAAGCAGUUCAUUACGUCAAGUUUCUGCAGCUUCAAAUUAAGGUACGGAAGGGUUUUGAUUUUAACGUUUUACGUGUAGAUUCAUGUGUUACAUGAAAAUGAUCUAAUUUUAAAAAAUAUUUUGUAAUUACGCAGUUAUUAAGCUCUGAUGAUCAAUGGAUGUAUGCGCCGAUUGCUUUCAACGGAAUGGACAUUGGCCUUAACUUACCGAGAUGAUACACGGAUCUUUUGAUUUUAGUCGGAGUAUUUUAAUAUACGCCGAUGUUCAAUGUGAGAGAAAUGGAGAGUCACAUUCGAUUUUUGUAUAUUACAUUCUAAUUUUAUAUUCCAUUUUUCAAUAAACAUUUGAGCCAUUCUUUUAAAAUUUUAGAUGUUGAUGUUCUUGGUAGCUGACUCUAUACCAUAAUCAAUUCAAUCUGGUUGUCCUCGUUAUAAUUUUACCCUAUAAUUUAAGCAUAUGAUUCAACGUACGAACACCAUUUAUUCAACGGUGUUGUCUCAUUGAUAGUAACUGUAUAAUAAUUAUAUAAAAUACUAACAAAUAGAACCAUAAACUAAAUUUUGUUUUAGAAAAAGUAGAAAAAACAAUUGGAGUGAUAAUAAAAAGAAACCGAAGUUAGGUAUUAUUUAACUUUUUUGGGAAUCUGUAUUAUUUAACUAUGUUCUAUUAACUCUACAAAAUUGUUUUUCUUCAACAAGAAAGUAACUAAAUAUUUUGUAUACCUUUUUUUUUUUGAACUGAAUAUUUUGUAUACUUGAAAACAAAUGCAACUAGAAAUAGACAUUUCUCAUACUUCAUGCUGGAGAUGUGUAAGAUUUAAUAUUGAGGCAGUUUUCUUUUUAUCUAUUUUUAUCAUCUGACGUUAAAUUCACCCGAGAGAAAAAUAUAACGGAAGAUGCUUAAGCCAUGAAAAACCUAUCAUUUGAUAAAUUCAAAAAAAAAAACUAUCAUUUGAUUUCUUAAAAUAUUUAUUUUUGAUCGUUUGUCACCACUUUGUUAGUUCUAGUUAGGCCUAGGCUUUUUUUGCCCCAAUCCGAACUACUUACCUAAACUCCAACCGAAAAACCGAAACUGGAUCCGAACUGUUAUACAAAAAUAUCUAACGAUAUUUUGAGGUUUGGUUAUAAUUAGAACCGAACCAAAAUCUAAACUAUGAUCUGAAGAUAUCCAAAAUUAGUUAAAUAUGUUAAUGUUUUUAUAUAUGUUAAGGUAAUUUAAAUAUUUUAGAAUAUUUAAAAUAUUUUGUAGUUUGUUUUAUUUAUUAUUUUGAAUACUUUUAAUUAAUUUAAAUAGUUUAAUUAAUUUCUAAUUAGAUUUGUGAAUAAAUUUUUAUAUUUUAGAAAUUAUUUUGUCCAUAUUGGAAGUUUAAAUAUAUAUAUUUUUUGACGAUUUCAAACAUUGAUUACAGUCCGACCCGAACUGAAUCCCGAAUGAACCGAACCCAAUCUGAUAAUUAGUAAAAUCUGAACGGGACUUAUGAACAUAACACCGAAAAUUUAAAAAUCCAAAUCAACCGAACCAAAACCGACGGAGCCUCCAAACGCCCAUGUCUAGUUCUAGAAGAUUGAGAUGCAAAAUAUUUGUAUCGGAUUUUGUAUAUUGCUUAGUAAUGAACUUCACGUACUUAUUUUUAAGAAAAUGAAUUAAAACCUACUUUACAAAAUUAGUUGUGUGAAAGCCAGAUGCUCAUAAGAUCGUUGCAACAAGGACAUGACGAAUUAGCAGCUAUGGACAUGACUAAGCAGUCGAAUGUUAUAGUAUAUAAAUAUUUUACAGCCAAAUAUAUGGUAUUGUGUUGUGUUAAGAACUUCGGCCGCAACAUGUUUCAUUCUCACACGUAUUCAUGAAGAAGACCAAUUCAUAGUUCGUGUAUCGUUUAAGACUUCUUACAAUGGAAUAUUUGAAUACUGGUUCUACGCAUUUCUACAUUCUGGUUUUUUAAUUAAAUAUAGUUUUCCCAUGCAAUAGAUGUGUUUAAACCCUCGUAUCAUAUAUAUAAAAUUAACAACUAUUCCUUAAACCUUUUUUAAAAAAUCAGAUAUUCCCUAAGAACAGCAUAUCCCUUUUCCACUCUAUAAUAUUAUCAGCAAUCAAUCUUAUUCAGGCAAUCAAUAUCUGAUACUUGAUUUUAAAAUAUGCUUAAUUCGAUGACAAAAAAAAACUCUACUUAAUUCAUAUUCUUUAGAAAGAUUACAACUGUUUUAUUUUUGCCAACUAUUAUAACUACUAGGGGCAUUGUCCGCGUGCAAGCGCGAAGUUGUGGAACAUAAUUCUUGUUUCAUCUCAAUAUAGCGUUAUUGUAGCCGUGAAUUUUGUGUUUAUGAUUGAUCAUUAUUUUUAAGUUUUUUUUAUUGUUAUAGGGUUAGAGUUGUGAUGAUGAACUGUGUAUGCACUGUUCUCCACUCAUAAAUGACUAAACUGUGUUAGGAAUGUGAUUGAUAUAAUUUGUGGUGUUGCUUGCUG